AUGCCUAAGCUGGAUGAAAACCUCCGCACCUCCGCUGCGGCCUCGCCGCUACCCCGUGGAUCCAUCUCCUCGAAAGGGCUCACCCACCUUCCGAGGUCAAAAGGGAGGCUGAUAUAUACACCUAGUCUAGUCGCUAACCUACAACAGAGAGCUGCAUCGACGGCCGCCAUCUCAGCUAUGAGCGCGAUCGGACGUGGUGAGAGCGCUGCCCUCUCUCUGCCCGACCCAGUACAUCUUGCACCGCGGCAAAACCUCACCCAUCGGGUACUUGCCAGUAUGUACCAUGAGGGUGGACGUCUGGAUACGGACACGCCGGAGAUGGCGGCUGCUCGCGGCCAGGUUUCAGCCAUCCGGCGACAGCAUCGCGUCCAGCGCCGUCAGGGCGAAGAGCCCUCCCAGACCCCCACCAUGAGUGGUCUGCUUCGUCAACAACAGCCGGCGGAUGCCGAGGAUGGCCCCGCCUCUGCCCAGCAGAGGGAUGAUGCACCGAGCGCCGUGAGAGACGACGAGGACAAUCCGCAGGCCACCCAACCACAGCUCCCCCGCGUUGGGCGGAUUCCUGCACGCCAUCGUCCCCCUCCCAGUUCCCCGCCACGGUCUCAUGGUCGUCAGCGUGGACGGCCACGACUUUCACGCAACCUGGUUGGCCGACCUCGUGGUCAUCGCUCCGCUGCGGUACCCCCCCGCGACGAGUCUCCACCCCGCCAAUUCGACGAACCGGGCCCCCGAUUCACAGGCGGCGACCAGGAGACGCCACUUUUGGCCGAAGACAUUGCAGUUAAGAGAGAGUUAGACGAGGCACUUGCUGCAGAGACGAUGCAGCGAUGCCUUCAGAACAAGCUUGAUUUUGGUGCCGUCCCACCCGAGUUGCCCCAACUAGAGCCGCUGGAGGAGCUUUGCAUUGCGCGUGUGCACGUCAGCGUCAAUGUCUUCACGGUAUACGAUGCUUCGCUGCGAGAGAGUGUACUAGCUAAUCAGCGUCAGGUUCGUGGGCAGCAAUACAAGUAUCGCGGGCAUGUUGUACACUUUUUGCGCGACGUGGGCAAGGUGUACUCAGAGCUUCCCUUGCUGCCCAAGGAUUUGGACAUUGUCAUCCUCCGACCGCGUGGAUCCGAAGCGGUCGAACAGAUGGAUCGACAAUUCCGCAACCGCUUCCGAGUCCGCCGAGCAGCAGUCGAGACAUGGCUCAGAUUCCUCGCCAACAACCACCUUGGCUACAGAAAUUUCACCUGGAACUACGACAACCUCUCCCAGUUGCCAGAGGACGGUGACGUCUUUGACCAGCUGAAUAUCCACGAGGUCGCCGAGUCUGGAGGUUUGCCUGCAGAUUCUGGCCCUGUUGAAGAACCGGAAGAGGACAGAGAGGUUGUUGACGAAGCCGCAGUGCCCAAUAUGCUAAUCCAUGGUUCGGAAUUGAACCAGCUUCAAGGGCGAGUCAAUGAUAGGGCUACUGAGGUCAAUGAGCAAGUGCCCCUAGAGUCAGUCGACCCCCAGGCUGCUCACCAGCUGCAGAUGCCUUCCAUCCGGCGCACUCCUCUCGAUGAGUUCAACCGAAAGCAUGCGCUGCUCUCUCUCGCCUGUCCGACCCUGUUUCCUCGGGGAGUUGCGGAUUUUGUCGAGCCCAGGCAGCGCAAGAUCUCCUGCCAGGAUUACAUCCAGCAUGCCAUGAAAUGGGAGGAUGGCCGAUUUGCCAAACACCACAGCUUCCGAUUUAUCGCGCUAAACACUCUGAUGAGGCAGCAGGCGAGGGGUCAUAGCCGAUUCUACUACCGCCGACGUCGCGAGUGCGAGUCUUUUGCGCACUGUCUUGGUGUCCCCUCUGCUUUCAUCACACUGAGCCCAGCCGACCUGCACUGGCAGAGCCUCUACCAGCACAUGCCCGAGUACGAGGAGUGGAAGGCGCUUGAUGAGCCGAGACGCAUGGCCAAGUCCCGCCGGCUGUUGCGGGAGACCCCGCAUAUCGCGGCCUGGCACUUCCACUCGCGGAACUCGCUUUGCAGGAAGAUUGUGCUGAAGAAAAAGUUCAAUGUGCCCGACUUUUGGUACCGGUACGAGUGGCAAGGCCGCGGCAGUAGUCAUUCUCCUGGGCUCUACUGGUUCCAUGGGAGCCCUCCUCAUAUGGCAACCCCCGAGGCGAGAGAGCGCUUCGCAAGGAUCUGGGGAUAUCACGUUACAGCAGUCAGUCCGCAGCAAGAGCAGGGCGCUGACGAGGGUAACCCUCUGUCUGUUGACCCUCUGGAGACGCCCGUUACCUGGGAGUGGCUGAACAGAAUCGUCAACCGCUGUCAGCGACACCAUUGCUCGUCGACCUACUGUCUGCGGGUGACGAAGGAAGAUGCCCAACGGGCCAGAGAGGCGGCCGGGGAGAUUGUCGGUGAAGAACGGCCGGCGCCAGAGCCCACGUGUCGGUUUCUCUUCCCCCGGCCUGUACGGGGGGCGGCCGAGGUCAUCGAGAUGGCCGGAAAGGGCUGGUGGUCGUUCGAAGCCGAGCGCAACGAUACCCACCUGAACCAGUACAACCCACUUCUCUCUCUUUGCUGGCUGGCCAAUACGGACUGCUCACCCUGCACGAGUGCGGAGGCUAUGAUGAAUAAACUAAUCGGAGAGAGGGACUACUCUGCGCAGGAGAUCUGUCAUAUCCUCCUGGGACUCCCUCUGCAAGAGGACAGCCGAGUGGUGCAGAGCGUUGACUGUAGGCCCCGCGAGAGACACGCUCGUGCAAUUGACAUCACGGCGGAUGGCGAUAUUGAAGAGUCUCGGACAGUCUACGAGAAGUAUCUCCGACGGCCCGAUCAUAUGGAGGAUGUCUCCUACUUCGAGUUCCUACAAAAUUGGAAUUUCAAGGCGCGGAAUCCGGUGAGAUGGGCGAUUUGGCAGGCUCCCGCACUGCCCAGGGUGUUGUACUAUUACCCCCGGUACAAGCCAGUUCGCUCACAUCAGCAGUACUCCGACUUCUGCCGGGUCAAGCUGCUGCUCAGCCAUCCCCACCGCCAGACGGAAGAUCUGUCCCAGGUUGAUGAUCGACAGUUCGACAACCACGCAUCUGCCUAUCGCUACUGCCUUGAGCAUCACGACCACCCGGACGACCACUACGGCACGGUUGACGAGCCUGAUCCGUCUCCAGAUGAGGAGUUUGAGCCAGAGGGGGACGCCGGGGACAUUACCCUUGUGGACUGGCAGGAGGUAGCGCGGUUGGUCCCCGACAUUGAGCUUCCCGAUGAACGGGCCGACUUGCUUGGCCGCCGGGACCUGGAUGUGCAGCUUCGCGGAGGGACUCCAGGCAAUUACGACGUGGAAGAUAUGCCUCUUGCAGCCCGUGAUACGCUGAACACACAGCAGCGUCAGGUAUACGACACGAUCAUGCGCCACUUCAGGGCGAAGAACGAGAACCGUCGGCCUCCGCCCCUCCGGCUGCAGAUCGAUGGAGGAGGUGGGACUGGCAAGUCGUAUAUGGUGAAGGUGAUAUCUUCUCACCUUCAGGCCAAGGCGGCUUUCUAUGGCCGGCCCUCCCCCAUCGUCAGAGCAGCUCCGACGGGCGUGGCGAGCAACCAGAUCGGGGGACAGACUCUGCAUUCCCUUCUGCGGCUCCCCGUCGACGGCAAUUACCGCUCGCUCUCCGAGACCCCGACGACCCUCAACGCCUUGCAGCGGCGGUUCAGGGGCAUCCACUACCUCGUGAUUGACGAGAAGAGCAUGCUCGGCCUCAAGACCCUCGCGUGGAUCGAUCAGCGCCUACGAGAGGUGUUCCUGGAGAAUCGCGACGAGCUCUUCGGCGGCCUCAGCGUCAUCCUGAUCGGGGACUUCUUCCAGCUUCCCCCUGUUCUGAACAAGCCGCUGUACCCAACGCGCGACGACCUGAAGGAUAUCGAGAUGGUCGGGCGCAACGCGUACCUCUCGUUCGACAAGUCCGUGUUCCUGACCACAAUACAGCGGCAGCAGGGCGAAGACCAGGCUCCUUUCCGGCGGGCCUUGGAAGAACUGCGAAUGGCUGAUGUGUCGGUACCCUCCUGGGAGCUCCUUUCUUCGAGGUGUUCUGUCAAGCUCUCACCCGAGGAGGUUGACAGCUUUGCUGAUGCGCUUCGCAUCUAUCCCACCAAGACCCAGGUUGUCGAGUACAACCACCAACACAUGCUUGGCCUGGACAGCCCCGCCAUUCAGGUCGAGGCAAAGCACGAGGGUGUUGGUGCGGAGAAGGUUGAAUCCUCAAAUGCCGGCAACUUGGCCAAGCGCUUGCCCUUGUGUGUUGAAGGUGCCGACGUGCUGCGAGACCCGCCCGAGGUCAUCAUGGUGGCCUUCGAUGACUACGACGGCCCGGCCUUCACGAUGCCGAACGGGGAGCCGCUCCGUAGUGGAGGGAAACUGGCUGUUCCCAUUCUCCGAGUGCGGCAGGAAUUCAUGAUCGGCGCCAACUCAUGUUCGAGAGAGCGGUUCCCGCUGUGGGUCAGCUAUGCGAUCACCGUCCACAAGUCACAGGGCAUCAUCCUGGACAAGGUCGUCUGCGAUAUCUCUGCGCCAGAGUUUGCUUCUGGCCUCUCCUACGUGGCCGUCUCGCGGGUGAAGACACCCGGCGGGCUGAUGUUUGAGCGGCCCUUCGACCGCAGCAGGAUCUACCGCGAGACACCAUCUGUCACGAAUAUGCCAACAGGAGGGACCUCGGGUCGCGGGACGCCCCGAGGCAAUCAUUAA